AAACACAUGGGAAAAAGAGGGAGAGGCAGAGGGGAGAAGAUAGGUGGACCAAAAGAGACAUGACAAGGAUUAAAGUAGGAUGUGGUGGAGCAACAAAAGAUGAUCAGUUUCAUCUGGCCUGGACACAAACAGGAAGAGAGGAGAGAGAAAAUGCAGAGAAGACUGAUGACUUGCCUAAACAAGGGGGCAGGCGACUAACUGAGGAGGAAGCAGACAGGCCAAAGAUUAACACUCUUGAGAAAGAGUGUGAGAGGGGGCUAGCGGGUGAAGUUAGCAGGAGGGGAGAGGUAUGAGGGGACAGCUCUUGAAGAAGAAGUCACUCUUCUCUUUGGUGAUCACUUUCUGCUCUGUGGGGAGUCUGCUGACCACUCUCAUCAUGAUCAACGACAAGCGGCGAGCUGCAGGGUGAUCAAUCCUCAGCCUGUAUACUGUGCCCAAGUGUCCCGAAAUUCCCCUUACUGCUGGGAAUGGCAGACUGCUGAAAGGCUGACAGGUGGGGGGUUCUCCAGUGGGUUAUGCGGAUGUAUUUGGAGCCCUGCCCGGAUCAUUCCGCUUGAGCCAAAUCCACUGACUGCUUCUUUCAGCCGCUUCUGAGAUUGCUCUGAUGGUCUGCCACAGAGCCUGACCGUUGCAUCCCAGCUCUUUCAGCAAUUUAAUGGUAGAAGAAGCCACGAAUCCUCUGCAUCCUACCUCCACUGGAUGGACUUUGGUGUUCCAGCCUCGCUGCUUUGCUUCUGCUGCUAGCUCUGCGUAGCGCAACUUCUUACAUUCGUAGGCCUCUUCAAUCAAGUUUUCCCAUGGAACUUAAUGUGGAACCUAACAGACCGCCUCCUCACAAGAAAAGCCCCCCCUGGCCCGCUGACCUCUGUAAAGGCUGCAAGGAGGUCAUCAAAAAAGUAAAAGAGCGUUACUCUAAAACCUGGAAGAAGCAGGAGGACAAUUACCAAAAAUACAGAUCUCAGCUGAGCAGCGAGUGCCAUGGUUCUGACAAGGCCAUCAUUACCCAGGCCAACACUCCAGUGGGAUCCAAGCUCGUGUACGACGGAGAAAAGAAGAAGACCUUCCAGGUGAACCCGGAGAUUUUCAGCACCUUUGUAAAGGAGCAUCCGUUCCCAAAUAAAACAUGGGACACGUGUGCUGUUGUUGGGAACGGAGGGAUCCUGACCAACAGCAGCUGUGGAAAGAUGAUCGAUUCAGCUCAGUUUGUUAUCAGGUGCAACCUACCUCCCUUGGAAAAUGGCUACAAGAAACACGUGGGCAUCAAGACUGACCUUGUGACAGCAAACCCAAGUAUCUUCGUAGAGAAGUUUGGGUCUCUGAUGGGGCGUCGCCGUCCCUUUGUGGAGAGUCUGCGCAGAUACGGCAACUCCCUGCUGCUCCUUCCCGCCUUCUCGUUCAGCUUCAGCACCCCUGUGUGCCUGCGGGCCGUCUACGCCACUGAGGACUUUGAAAGCCCCGUCCGGCCCGUCUUCUUUAACCCUGACUACCUCCAGAAUCUGACGCUCUUCUGGCGCUCCCAAGGCCUAAAAGGAAAACGACUCAGCACCGGCAUAAUGAUGGUUAGCCUGGCGCUGGAACACUGUGCCAAUGUGCAUCUGUACGGGUUCUGGCCCUUCAGUAAUCACCCACAAGGACUUUACGCCCUGGCUAACCACUACUACGAUGACAUAAAAGCUACGGGACUCCACACCAUGUCGGCUGAGUUUGACCUCUUGUUGCAGCUGCACACUGAGGGGGUGCUCAGGCUUCACCUGGGAGAUUGUCGACCAGGUAAAAAAUAGUUUUCAGACUCAGGAGCAACUGGCAGGACAGGAGCAAAGUGCCUUCUUUGUAGCCCAGUCUUUCAUAUACUAACUUAAUAAUAAUAACUUUCUGCACAUUCCUAUGCAGCUUGUGGCCUUUUUAUUUUUAUUUUGUUUUGCCACUGGCUGAUGACAUGAUGACAUGGAUUAAGUAUGUCCAAGCAAGAUGGACAAGGGUCUGAAAAGUGAAGCCAAUGUGGAAAUGCCUUAAACUUGUAUUCUUUCUAAUAACCAUUGGCUCCACCCUCUCCUGUCACUUCUGGUUGCAAAAAAACAAGAUGGCGAUGGCCAAAAUGCUGAACUUGAGGCUUCAAAACGGCAGUCCACAAACCAAUGGGUGAUGUCACGGUGACUACGUCCACUUCUUAUAUACAGUCUGUGAGAUGGACUCUCAGUGAAUGCUGAGUUGGCAGCCAAGACAUUUGCACUGAAAUGAAGAUGCAACAAAAAUAUUAGCUAUAGUCUUGUAAAUAGUCUUGUAGUCUAAAACUGUAUUUAUUACCAUAAAUGUUGCAGCUGGAGUCUGGAGGGAGUUAUUUUGAUUUAAAUGGGAAUCCUUUGUGAGGCCUUUGUGGGGGUUUACAUUGUGGUGCCUUGUGUUAAUCAAUUACUAAUGACAGUUAUGUAACUGAUCACGGGAGCUUUUGCAUUGGAAUCAAGACUUGGGUGUGUCUUGUGUAACUUGGAGCAUUGCCUUUCAUACUUGUAAAGUCUUAACAGUGAUCUUUGUCAUCCAGAACAAUAACAUACAAGCUGCAGAUGACCAAACUUGAGAACUCUUGGUGAGCCAGUUUUAGUUUCAUGUGAAUGUUUGCGCUUUUUUUUUUUGAGAACAGCACAAACUAAGAGGGACAAUUAAGUUAAAGUGAAUAAAUAAUCAUCAGAAAAAGUUCUUUGUAUGUAAUUAGUGGCUGGACUAGAAUUCAAGACGUCUUAGCUUCCAUGAUUUCGUAUCUUUGAGCGAUUUAGUGUCCCGAAACCUCCCAACAUUUAUCAUUAAAAUGCAGUAUUUCUUUACAAACCACAUAUUUGGCUGGAACACCAUAUGAUCCAGUGAUUUAUUAGCAUAGAUUUUGUAGUACUUUUCAUUAAACAAAUGAAGAGACUGAU